AUGACGUACACGAAGGCACUCACUAGGCAGCCUGUUUACUGGCGUGGCGGCAUACAUGACACUAAAAGGAGAGCCUGCUCCUGGGACAUCAGCGUGACAGCGCAGUCAGUACCUCCACCUGCACAGCUGGCCUUUGCCACAGCACCCACAUGGCCCCUAACCUCAACGAGGGGGCCGCGCAGAGGGGGCCGCGCAGAGGGGGCCGCGCAGAGGGGGCCGCGCAGAGGGGGCCGCGCAGAGGGGGCCGCGCAGAGGGGGCCGCGCAGAGGGGGCCGCGCAGAGGGGGCCGCGCAGAGGGGGCCGCGCAGAGGGGGCCGCGCAGAGGGGGCCGCGCAGAGGGGGCCGCGCAGAGGGGGGCGCGCAGAGGGGGGCGCGCAGAGGGGGGCGCGCAGAGGGGGGCGCGCAGAGGGGGGCGCGCAGAGGGGGGCGCGCAGAGGGGGGCGCGCAGAGGGGGGCGCGCAGAGGGGGGCGCGCAGAGGGGGGCGCGCAGAGGGGGGCGCGCAGAGGGGGGCGCGCAGAGGGGGGCGCGCAGAGGGGGGGCGCGCAGAGGGGGGCGCGCAGAGGGGGGCGCGCAGAGGGGGGCGCGCAGAGGGGGGCGCGCAGAGGGGGGCGCGCAGAGGGGGGCGCGCAGAGGGGGGGCGCGCAGAGGGGGCGCGCAGAGGGGGCGCGCAGAGGGAUGGUGCAAUGGGGGGAGAGGAUCAGGUUUAUUGA